AUGUCUCUUGUGGCGUUCUCUUCAGGCAUGGCCCCCACGGAAAAUUCAUUGGGCCGCCUCGUUGGAAAGAUCAAUUGGCGCAUCAACGAGGUGGAUGGUGAGUUCAUCUCACGGUCGACGGUCCAAAGCUUUGUGCAAGCACAGCCUGGCCUUUUGUUGAACCACGGGAAUGACUAUUUAAACUAUCAAGAUGAUUGGUAUGUCCUUGACCACGGCAACGAAGACGAUCCAGAGCUUGGUUUUGUCCUGAUCUACUACCGCGGCCAGAAUGAUGCAUGGGCUGGUUACGGUGGCGGAACCCUUUACACCCGCAAAAAGACGGUGCCGCGCGAAAUCCUCGAACGGGUUAGGGAGGCAACAGCAAAGGCCAAUGUGCCAUAUGACAAGUAUUGGAAGGUCACUGACAAUAGCUGCGCAGCUGAAGGGGACCCAGCCAAGCUGCGUACUAUCUAUGCAGAGAAGCUGCUGGAGCAGGCGAUGUUGGUUAACAGGCAAAUCUCACCAUGA